GAAUUUGAAGUGAUACGAAACGAUGAUAUGGCUCCUAUUGCACCUCAAGCACCCGAGCCCAAAAUUCUAACACUAGAUUUUGAUCCAGUUGUUGUGCAUACGACAGCGCUUCUUCGCUAUCGACGAAUGUUAGCCGAACCAGGUAUAACUGCGGCUCGAAUCGGUCCAGUUCCUGAAUGUGCUACCUCGAAACCGGCUCUUCUUAGUUCAGCGUAA